CUCAAACUCCAGGCUCGUCACUCCGAAGUGAAGCUUCAUCAGCCUCAACUCAAGCCCUCCUCUCAUCGUCGUCGACAGCGGAAAAAAAAUCCCUAAAAUAAAAAUGGCCGCCGCUAUGCAAGCUCUGCUCGUCAUCGCCCUCCUUCACCUCGCUACCGCGACGCCUGUCGUUACCAAGCAAAAAGUGAGCACUUUCAGUACUGGAUAUCUGGGACACCCUGUGGGAGCCCUGGGCUAUGGGGGCCUGGGCUAUGGAGGUCUGGGCUAUGCUGGUCUCGGCUAUGGUGGUCUGGGCUAUCACGGAGCGGCCCUUGGAGGUGCCUACGCGCACCACGCUGCUGGGAUCGUUCACCCUUAUGGUGGGCUCGGAUACCAUGCGGCCCCCUAUCACCACGCCCUCGGCGGACUCGGCUACCCCCUGGGCAUUGGCGCCGGUGUGGUGGCUCCUCACGUGGUGAACAGCAAAAUCGCUGCCCCAUUGGCGCCUGUUGUUGCUGCCAUCUAGGUCUUCACCGUGACAGGAGAAUUGCUGGGCGAUCGUUGACUUGCCACACCAGCCCUGCGUCCCUUCUGCAGUCUCUUCAAACAAAAGUGGUGACUGAGGAAGUGACUCCAGACUCUUGUGAAGAAGUGACUUGAUGAAGGUUAUGGACAGCCUCCGUCAACCACCACCCACCAAAGGGAGCAUAGGUUCACCACCUACUCCCCUCCCAUACCUGCUCACUCAUUCCGACUGACCCACCCAUCCUACCCAAGCCCUUGACUCUUCCUGCAAGUUACGCCAUUCGGACCCUUGAGUGCGUGAGUGUGUCAUCGUGUGAGAGUGUCGUGAUGCAAGUGGGUGGGCGGGUUUGCCGGCAUCUGUCCAUAAUGUUUUUCUGAACUUCUCGGCAUUAACACAAAUGACGAUGAAUGAACACGACCUGGAAAACAAAAUCUACCACGAAUAGCAAAAUAUAUAUAUUUUAAAAAGAACCCUGACAUUAAUCGUAAAAAACUAAAAAUCUGGUGGCGAGGGAAGCACGCACACGGAUUCCGAUUCUGAAAUUUGGGGGAGUAAAUAAAUUUGGUGGCUGAAAUUAGUCUGUGAUGAAAGCUGUUAAAGAAAAGAUAUUAACAUUUUAAUCAUAAUGGGACUUAGGAAUCGACUGUUCGACUGGACAGAAACCAAAAAUAAAUCAGCUGGAUUGGGAUGGUGGGUGCAAUGCCAAUGGGAGUUUGAUUCACAGAUGAAUAUAUAUACGAAUGAUAUCUGGGUUCCAAACGCCCCCUCCCCCAUCUCUGUGUGUGCC